AUGGAAUACAAUAAAAUAUUGUUUUCGCGUUUGAUUUCAUCAUUUUUAUGGACGGUAGUAUUACAAGCUUUUCCGUUAUCUUUUUAUAUUCUAUUAACCAAUUUCAAUAUAAAGCAUCCUGUAGAAUGGUUAUUAAAACCGGUGUCUGUUGCAUUUAGUUUUAGCACAUGGUUGAGUUUAAUACCCAUUCAUGCUUUAGUUUUUGCCAUAGGAUACAUAUUAGCUCAGGAUCAUCAAAAACUACCGUGUAUUUGUAAAACAAGAUUUCAAUUUUUCUGUAACCUGUUCACAAAAAUUAAUUUUCUCAAAUUAUUUUUUUAUUUUUUAAUUGGAUUAAUAGUACCGUGGAGUUAUUUAAAUAUAAAUAAAUUAACGUUAUUCGUGAACUGUCAACAAUUCCCUGAUAAAUUUUGUUUAAGUGAUGGAAAAAUAUAUUUAAUUUCAUGUGGAUGUUGGACAGGAGUUUACUAUUUUCUUAGAUAUGAUUUAUUAAUUGAAAAACGUUUGGAAUAUCCAAUAAUAAGACAAAUUAAAUUUUUACAAAUAAGAUAUAAAUUUUUAUCUAUAUUUUUUUCUUCAUUAACUUCAUCGCUCGUUCCAAUAUUUUAUUACUUGGCAUUUUAUUUGUGUUAUGGAAAGCAUAUAAUUUGGCUUUUUGAAGUUUUUUUUUCCGCUCAAGUCGAUUCAUCAACAGUUACAAAUACAAGUUUAUUAAGUGUUUCUCAAUUGGUGCACUUGUGGACAAUAACAACUUGUGUUAUAUUAAUUUUAAGAGUUUUGAAUUUAAUGAUUCAAAUUCAUUACACUGAACAUUAUUCAUUCACAUUAAUUAAACAGCCAAAUGUUGAUUCCAUCAUAUUAUCUGCAGCACUGUCGGAAAGGAAUAUGCCUAUCAUACAACAUUUGGCUUGUUACGAUCUUUACAUCAUGUCUAUGAGCCCAAGAUCGAACAGAUGGCAAAUUUUCACAUUGAGUCAACCAGGUGGUCACCCACACACUUGGAAUGCCAUAUUAAACGAGUGUAUAAAAUUAAUAGAAGAAUUCAUAUUAAAAAUUGAAGAUAUUUACAAAGUCAAAACUCCUGUUAAACCGCCACCCAUAGUGCCGAAACACAUUCAUCCAAGAAGCAUGAAUGUCAGAUAUGAAGAAAUAUUAACAAGUCCUGUACCUUUAUCGCCUAUUAACAAACUCAGGAAUUUAGUCGAAGAACCAGGAAUGCCAUUUAUACAUGAAGAACGUUCUAUACUUGAUGAUUUUUGGAUAAAAAUUGGUCAUGUUAAUGAAAUGAUAAAAAAAAAUUCAAUCAUAAAUUACAUAUUCAAUUCGAAACCGGAUGUUGAAAUUCGUUUUAUUUUAUCUAAUUCUCAACCGUUGAUUUGGGUUGUACAAAGUCUUUCGGAACUUUCAGCGAAUGCUUUAUAUGAAGAUCAAUUUGGUAUUGUUUUGAAAGAUUUACCAUUGAUUAUAAGCACAUUACUCAGAUUGAAAUUUUCAGUUGAUAAAAUAGGAAAUUUGCAAAAUAAAUUUCAAAGACGUGAUACUGAUUUGUGCAUGAAAUCAUCAUUGAAAUCGGCCAUCAGGAGAAGUUUGUAUAGGAUAGCUGUAGCAUAUUCAGAUUAUUUACCCGAUUUACCAUUAUCAGUUGAAAAUCUCAAUUGCAUGAAAAAUUUUGGUAAUUUCAAAGAAAAUUAA